AUGUCGAAAGCCACAUUCGCAAUUAUCGCAGCUGUGAGCGCUGGAACUGGCGCCGCCGUCACUGCAGCUAUGAUGCGACCAGACAAGAAAGACUCUCCCUCCAGAAUCGUCACCACCACAACCACAACCGUCUCGACCGGGGCAGCCCCCAAGCAGCCUCCCGUGCCCGUCCCGGCACAGCAGGUCUUCUCGUCACAGCCCACCACCCUCGCCGCCCCCGUCAACCCGGCUGGCCUCUUCGACUAUGGCUUCCCCGGCCCCAUCAACGACCUCGCCACCCGCUCUGCCCUCAUUUCCUCCUACGACCGCCGCCUGCGCAACCCCCACUGGGUCGUCGAGCACAUAACCCCAGAGUCACUCGCCAUGCGCGAGGGCGACCGCAAGCAUAGCAACUUUGCCGAGGACCCUUCGGUCCCGGACAAGUUCCGCGCCCGGCUCAAGGACUACUUCCGCUCCGGCUUCGACCGCGGCCACCAGGUCCCCGCCGCCGACUGCAAGUGGAGCCAGCGCGCCAUGGACGACACCUUCUACCUGUCAAACAUGUGCCCCCAGGUCGGCGAGGGCUUCAACCGCGACUACUGGGCCCACUUCGAGGACUUCUGCCGCCGCCUGACCGACCGCUACCCCAGCGUGCGCAUCGCCACGGGGCCCCUGUACCUGCCGCGCCGCGACCCCGCCGACGGCAAGUGGUACGUCCGCUACGAGAUGAUCGGCAACCCGCCCAACGUCGCCGUGCCCACACAUUUCUACAAGGUCAUCUUCGCAGAGGACGGCUCCCCCGGCGGGCCCGUGGCCCUCGGCGCCUUCGUACUGCCCAACGCCCCUAUCCCCAACCAGAAGCCCAUCACCGACUUCGAGGUGCCCCUCGAGGCCGUCGAGCGCGCCAGCGGCCUCGAGUUCGCCGGCAAGCUGCCCGCCGAGCGCAGGAAGCGCCUCUGCGCCGAGCACACCUGCGCACUCGUCAUCCGCGAGUACGCAGAGAGGCAGAAGGCCUUUGGAAAGGACGGGCCCAAGGCGCUCGCGGCGAAGUGA